AUCACAGAAGUACAAGCAUCUUCAAACAGCUGCUUGGAGGAACUACUUUCUUCUCUUGCUCAAUUUGUCUCUGCACUGAUCUUCUUUUCAAAACUUUCUCCCGAAAACCACUUUGUCAAAAUGCACAUCCACGUUCUCUACGCUAUCUCCCUUGUCUUUUACGGCGCUGGUAUCAUUGACGCUGCCUCCUUCGAAUGGGACUGUACGAAUUCGCUAGGCACCUGCAACAACGCUUGCUAUGCUGUGAACCAUGGGCUCGCCAGUGGAACGCUAACCUACGACGCCAACAAAGCCAACCGCGGCCCGCGCCGCACGGCCUCUGGCUGCAACCGUACGCCGUGCACCAACACGAACUACAACCAAUGGGGCAACUCGUGUGACGAAUACCCGUUUGCCAGUACGCACGAGGGCGGUGCGGGCGCGAUCCUGCGCUGUGUUGUUGACACAGACAAUGACAGCGAAGGAGGACAGCUCGGGAACUUUUACAAAAAGAUCAACGAUGGUGACCAGUUUGAUAUUUUUGUCGUAAACUACGGCGGCGCCACCUUCUGCGACACACCCACUGCCAACAACGACGGCAGCGAGUUCCGCCUUGUGAAUGGCGCUUUCCAGAACGCCAAGCUCCGCCGCAACAUGGGUUUUAUGGAUGCUGUGCCCCGCAUCUCAGGCAAGAAGUUCCGCGAGUUUGAGGACGAGAAUGGCGGAAGGCUCCUCCUGCUGAAUCAAGAUGCGACUAUAGACUUCGUCAACACGCAAGUUUUCAGCAAUGGUACCAUGAAAACGAUCACUAAGGAGAUCUCCUAAAGAAAUAGCGGGAAAAACCAAAAAGUGUUAGGUGUUUGGCAGCGCGCUUAGCGCGCGUCCCACGACGAGGGGUGUUUCGAUUAUAGGCAUAUCAACUUCCUCUCUUCUUAGAAUCUGUAGGUAGAAAUCUGAGGUUGAAGAAUGUAUUAUGUUCACAUUGUUGUUG